AUGGACACACUGAAUGAGCAACAGCGGCAGGCUGUGCAGUUUGACCCUAGUGCUGCAUUGCAGGUCGUUGCUGGUCCAGGGACAGGGAAAACAAAAGUAUUGGUCGCUAGAGUGGCUCAUUUAAUACUACAUUACAACAUUCCACCUCAAAAUAUAGUGGUGACGACAUUUACAAACAAAGCUGCGAUGGAGAUGAAGCAACGUUUGCAAGAUUUGCUUCAAAAUCAUGAUGUUCCUUUGAAUGAUUUAAUUAUUGGAACUUUCCAUAGCGUCUGUCUUCGAAUAUUAAUGAGAUAUGGUGGAUUGAUUGGAUUAACGUCCGGAUGGCAUAUAUUAGAUGAUAAAGAAGUUGAUAAAAUUAUAUUAGAGACUAUUCAACAGAUGCCAGAUCAGAUUAGAGAUUAUGCUACUUCGUUUAAAAGAUCGAUAAAUUUAUGUAGGCCAUCAAAGAAAAAUGGAGAUGGUUGGGCAGUACACCCAAAGAUUGUUAAACGUGAGAUUUCAAGACUUAAAUCAAUGGCUCUAUUACCUGAAGAAUAUAUUCAACAAUCUACACAUGAUGAAGCAUUAGCGUAUUGUUACUCUACUUAUCAAUCUCAAAUGAAUUCUUUGAAUGGCUUGGACUUUGAUGAUUUAUUGAUGUUUACUUUCCGUUUAUUAUGUAAACAUAGAUGUUUACCACAGAUUCAACAUGUCCUUGUAGAUGAAUUUCAGGAUACAAAUAGUAUACAAAUGGAUCUAAUGUUCUUAUUGGCAAAGGGAAAUCAUCAUUUAUCCAGAGGUAUAACCGUAGUAGGUGAUCCAGAUCAAAGUAUUUACGCUUUCAGAAAUGCCCUUGCAUAUAAUUUCCAACAAAUGGCAAAUAAAUGCCCAUUACCUUGUUCUCAAGUGAUCCUCGUUGAAAAUUAUAGAUCUUCACAGAGAAUCCUUGAUACAAGUGAAACCUUAAUUAAUCAACAACAACAUGGGAGGCAACAACGGUUACCUUUAAAAGCACAAUUUGAUUGUGAUUUUCCCCCUGUAUAUACAAAUUUCCCUGUAAGUUUUAUACAGGGACCAUCAUUAGCCAAAGAAUUACUUUAUUUGAAAGCUUUACCUAAUCUAUUUACUUAUGAUAGUUUUGCCAUCUUGGUACGACAACGUAGGCAAAUUAAAUCUAUCGAAACAGCUUUAAUUGAACAUCGAAUACCUUAUAAGAUUGUUAAAGGACAUGCAUUUUGGGAAUUAAAAGAAAUCACAUCGAUGUUAAACCUAUUGAAUUGUUUAUAUUCUGACAACAAUCCAAAUGCCAUUAUAUCAGCUUUAACAUACCCUGCAAGGGGUCUGGGUCAGACGUCGGCAUCAAAAAUAACAUCAUUGAUGAAGGAACAACAAAUGAAAGAAUCAAUGUCUGCAAUGGAUACAUUAAGAGAAAUAUCUACAGGGAAACAUAACCUUGGUAUGAACAGUAGAGCAAAAUAUGUUAUUACUAAAUUUAUUAGUAUGAUUCAAUCCUGUAGAGAUACAUUCUAUAGUACCACAACCAAGACGACUGCUCUGACUGAAAUUUUCGAUACUUUAUACAAGAUGUCCGAUAUGGAAAAUGAAUAUUUAUCUCAAGAUGGUAAAGAAAACCGUAAUAAUAAAGAAAUUGAUAAGACUAGUAAUACUGAUCCGAAUUUAGAUAAUCCAAGACACAAGAAUAUACAACUUUUGAAAAAAUACUUUUUGGAAACUAAAGAAGUUGAAGAGUUACCUAAUGAUGCUAAAAUGUCUGUACCGAUAGAUGAUAUGAAGCACGAUUCCCCCAUUGUUGAACACAUUAGAACGUUUUUCAAUUCAUUAUCAUUGUUUACUGCUGAUAGUGUCAGUGAAAAUAAUGGUCAGAGUUCCAGAUUAAAAGAAGGUGCUGUUACAAUUUCUACGAUUCACGGUUCCAAAGGUUUGGAAUGGCCAGUCGUUUUUAUCCCAGGUUGUAUUGAAGGGAUAAUCCCAAGCGUGUUCCAAUCGGACAAUAAAGAGGAUUCGGAUUCAGAAAGUUCUACAGAGAAUGAUGCUAGUAAUGAUAAGAACCCAAAAUUGCCAACUAAUGCAGAUGAAAGUUUGGAUGAAGAGAGGCGUAUGUUUUUUGUAGCACAGACUCGUGCAAAAUAUUUACUGUAUCUAUCUUCUGUGGAAGAAUCGAAUAGUCCGAUGUUUGGUGGUCCAAGUAGAUUUUUCACUCCAGAGGUGAUGAAAACGUUAACUGAUCAACAAAUGGCAUUGGAUUCAUUAUCGAAUAUUAAUAAAUUAUAUCGUGCAAUUAAUGUAAGACCAGAGAAAUUGAAUCAGGAUUUCUCCUUUAAUACAUUAGUUAAGGAUUAUUCAAAAUUUGUGGAGAACAGAAGAGAAUCAAUGAUUUGGGCUGGAAAUGUACUUAGAAAUAUGGCUUCGUUGGAUCUAUCUCGAAAUAAAUUACCUGCUCCAAAUGCUAUUUCUAGCUUUACUACUGCAGCUGCUGCUUUAAAGAUCGAAACUAACAAUAAAAAGCAAUAUGCGCCUUCUUACUCUACAACUAAAAGAACUCUGGGAGAACAAUCGUUACAACUAAGUCCUGGAAGGAAAUGUGCUCCUACAAAUAAUGUAAGAAGAUCACCAUCCCCGCAACGUCAGUUUGCACCGUGUACCAGAGCACCUGAAUCCCCGACAAAGAAAUUUGCACCGCCGCCGCAGUUGAAUAAUAACAUAGGAAUAACCCUAAGUGCAAACUCAACCUCCAAAUUGGACUCUUCAUUUUCCAGACCAUCUCCAGAUGAAAGGGUUUCUGAAAGGGUAGGUGCCCAAUUUAGGAGAAGUGCAAGAAGAAUAACUUCGACUCCAAUUCAAUUAACAGAAACAUCAAUUAAUUCCGUAAAUAAUGAAAUAUCCAUACCCAAGACAAAAUUGGAAGAUACUACAGCCUCUGAGAUCUUGCAUAACCCUGAUGAUUUGACAGUAGAUAAUAGACCUAUUUUUUCAAAUGCAAGAACUCUAGCAAAUGCCAUUAGAAAUCCAAAAUCAAAAGGAAAAGAAUCAAAGAAAAAGAAAGUUACUGUCAAGAAAGAACCUUCCAAGAAGACUACAUUCACUAAGACUAAAAAAUCUGCAAAGAAAGAGCCUGCGAAAGCCUCUAGUAGUACAAAUAUUAAGCUAGCUCUCAAGAAGGAAACUAACAACGACUUGAGUUCAACCAAAAAUAAAAAGAGAGUCCAAACAGCAGGACCCAUAUCUAAUGUCAAAAGAGAACCUUCUUCAACACAAGUUGAUAUUUUUUCGCAAUUGGCAAAUGCUAGAAAGAAAGCAAAAAUUGAAAAAAGUGAAAUUAUCAUCUUAGAUGAUUGA